AUGAAAUCAAAUUUAAACAACUCUUUCAAAAUGAAACGUGAUUUUGGUUGUACGUCUCUUCAUGCUGGGUGUGCACCACUGAAAUCUGCUGUGGAGAACACAAGACUGGAAGAACCCUGCCGCAAUUAUGAGAAAAGCUUUUGUAAAAGCUGUGCUGAAGAGCGUCAGAAAGCACUCCUUAGUGAUUCAAACAAUGUAGCCACCAGAGUUCUAGAUCUUGAAGAUGAAAGAAAACCUGUACAUAACAAAGAAAACAAACAGAUAAACCAGAGACUGGAUGAAGGUAUCAAUGAAAUGGAGGCACUGGAAAACAGUAAAUUUAAUGAGGACAGUGGUUAUUCCUCUAUGUUAAGUAAUCGAUAUGCUGAUCCAGUAGAACAUGAGGAUAGUAUACCUUUGGCGGGGAAUAUCUGUGGCACACCAAAGCAAUGUCUCAUGAAGAACCAAAACCAAACACAGUUUUCAAAGAAGACUUUGUUGCCAGUAAUCCAUUACGAAGAAAUGAUUUGCUCAACGUUGAAAAAAAGUGGUAAAAACAAUCUGAAGUCUUGGGCUGCAGUAGAAAAAAUUGUUUUCAGAGGAAAGGUUGAACUUUGUAAUCUAAUUGGAAAGAAAAUGGGACUAGAUAGAAUAGACAUUCUUGCUGAGCUCUUCCAAAAGAACCUGAAGCAUGUUCUAGCAAACAUUUUAAGGCAUCUUGGUGAGAUGGAUUUAAUAAAUUUUGCCAAAGUCAGCACAACAUGGCAGAAGAUUCUACAAGAAGAUAAACAGAUUUUCCAAAAGUAUAGUAAAGCUGUGAAAAGCCUUUCUAAUGCCACUGAGACAUCAGAGAAUGCUGUAACAAGGGGGUAUGUCCUCUACCGAGCUGCUUUGGCCUCCAUUCAGAAAGCAAUCCCACCUGUCAACUUGAACAAAAAAGGUACCAGAUCCAAAGCAUCCAAGAAUCACAGCAGGCUCAUGGAGUUCUCUGAGGCUGCCAAGACCUUGAAAAAUACUGAGAGCCUUAAAAUCUGCCACCGCUGUGGCUCACCUGCAAAGUAUGACUCCUAUCUACAAAGGGCGAUGUGCAUUCGUGAGAGUUGUGGAUUUGACUUUUGCACAAAGUGCAUGUGCAACUACCACAACUCCAGUGACUGUAUGAGCAGCAAACCAGUGAAACCUAACUCUAAACUGGGGCCACUUCCUGGGACUAAAAAAAGCAAAAAGAAUCUACGGCGAUUAUGA